AACUUCCUCGAGUCAGCCUCUCCAGGACCAGCUCCUCCUGCCUCCCAGUGGCCUCUUUCAGCCCAGCCCAGCUCAUGGCUCUCGGCGGCCUUCCCAGGCCCCGCUUUUGACUUUUGGCGGCCUCUUCAGGCCCAGAACUUGACCUGCAGUGGGCCUUUGCAGGCCCGGCCUCCUGCCUCUCGAAGGCCUGCACGGGCCCGGCCUCGGCCUCGGCCUCACAGCGGACUCUCCAUGCCCAGCUAGCUCUCGCCUCACUGCGGCCUCCCGAGUCCAAAGCUCCUGCCUCUCGGCCGCGUCGGCAGGCCCAGCUCCCGCCUGCCAGUGGCCUCUUCAGGCCCAUGGGGCUCAUUCCUCACAACCUUUCCAGGCCCAGUUUUUCCCUUCCGGCGGCCUCUCCGGGCCCAGAGCCUCCUCAACUCGGCCUCUCCAGACCCACUUGCAGCCUCCCGGCGUCCUCUCCCGGCCCAGCUCUUCCUCCCGGCUGCAUCUCCAGGCCCGACUCUGGCCUCCCAACAACGUCUUUGGACUCAGCUCCUGCCCAGCUCCUAGCGGCCCUGGUAGGCGCACAACUUCCCGAAGCCAAGCUCCCCAGGCCCAGCUCAGGCCUCACGGUGGCCUCUCCAGGCUCAGCUCCUGCCCUCCGAUGGCAUCUGCAGGCCCCAAAUGGUCUCCGGUCGGUGGGCUCCUCUAGGCCCAGCUUGGGCCUCCCGGCGGCCUCUGCAGGCCCAAGUCGUCCUCAAGUUGGCCUGCAAUUGGGCCUGGAAGAGCAGCAAGUCGGCCUCCCCGGGCCCAGCUCCGUCCUCUCGGCGGCCUCUCCAGGUGCAAAACUUCCUCGAGUCAGCCUCUCCAGGCCCAGCUCCUCCUGCCUCCCAGUGGCCUCUUUCAGCCCAGCCCAGCUCAUGGCUCUCGGCAGCCUUCCAAGGCCCCGCUUUUGACUUUUGGCGGCCUCUUCAGGCCCAGAACUUGACCUGCAGUGGGCCUUUGCAGGCCCGGCCUCCUGUCUCUCGAAGGCCUGCACGGGCCCGGCCUCGGCCUCGGCCUCACAGCGGACUCUCCAUGCCCAGCUAGCUCUCGCCUCACUGCGGCCUCCCGAGUCCAAAGCUCCUGCCUUUCGGCCACUUUGGCAGGUCCAGCUCCCGCCUGCCAGUGGCCUCUUGAGGCCCAUGGGGCUCAUUCCUCACAACGGCCUUCCCAGGCCCAGUUUUUCCCUUCCGGCGGCCUCUCCGGGCCCAGAACCUCCUCAAGUCGGCCUCUCCAGACCCACUUGCACCCUCCGGGCGUCCUCUCUGGGCCCAGCUCUUCCUCCCGGCUGCGUCUCCAGGCCCGACUCCUGCCUCUCAACAACCUCUUUGGACUCAGUGCCUACCAAUCUCCUGGCGGCCUUGGUCGGCCCACAGCUUCCUCAAGCCAAGCUCCCCAGGCCCAGCUCAGGCCUCACGGUGGCCUCUCCAGGAUGAGCUCCUGCCCUCCGAUGGCAU